GGACCCUCUACCUCUCUUACUUCAUUAAUCGGAACUGAACAUGUCGGUAGAAAAGAUCUACAUCUCCUACAACAACAUCCACAAGCUCUGCCAGAAGGCUGCCCUUGAAAUCAAGGCUGCCGGCCGUUCGGUGGACUGUAUCAUUGCCAUUGGAGGCGGUGGGUUCAUCCCAGCCAGAAUCUUACGUUCCUUCAUCAAGGAGGAAGGUAAGAAGAACAUCCCCAUCCAAGCCAUCGGGUUGUCCUUGUACGAGCAGCUCACCGACAACGUUGAGGUCAUUGGGAAGGAGGUUGUACGUACCCAAUGGAUCGAUUUCGGGAACUUGGGUGACCAUUUGGAUUCCCUCAUUGGGAAGAAUGUGAUCAUUGUGGAUGAGGUUGAUGACACCAGAACCACCUUGCAUUACGCCUUGACCGAGUUGGAAAAGGAUGUCAAGCAACUCCAAGAGAAAUUGGGAAGAACUGACGAAAUCACCAAGUUUUCCAUUUUUGUGUUGCACAACAAGGACAAGCCAAAGAAGGCCGACUUGCCACAAGAGCUCUUUGACAGCGGCCGCUACAUUGUCGGGGAAACCGUUCCAGACCACUGGAUUGCAUACCCAUGGGAAGCAGUGGACAUUGACGAGCACACCAAGCACGCCACUGCCCAGGGAAACAUUUAGAAG